CUUGCUGCGGUAGCGUGUCCGCCGCCCACCUUCCCGAAAAUGUCGUUGCCCCCAUCACCGUGCAGGCCAGCCCUCAUCCCCGCGCGAUGAUUGCGCCCCCAUCCCACGUCUCCCUCCCUCCCUCCCAUUCCGCGCAAAGAUUACGACGACAUGGCCCGAGGCUAGAUCCAGCAUCGAGAGGGAGAAAAAGGAGGUUGGGAGGGAAGGGGUGGUGCCCGAUGCCCUCGCCCUCUUCCCGAUCGCCUUCUUCCCUUGCUCCGCCCUCCACCAUUCCUGAGUCUGUCGCCGGCCGCUGGAGCCCAUCCCGACCAUGGCCUUGUGCCCCUCUCCGCCUCUGCCACUGUCACCACCAGUGUCACACAUACCAAGGUUCGUUCUCAGGCCCAUCCGCCACCGCCGCCCCACCCUAAGCCUGCACUCCACCAUAACCCUAGCCCCAUAGCUCCUCACUUGUGCGACCCCAAUUCCGGGUAUGGUCAGGAUUUGCGGCUUCUCUAUGCGGGGCAGCAGCUCGUGCUGAAUGCCACCCUCACUGAGCUCCAGAUCAGCCAGAUGCUCUCGCCUACAAACAGAAGUCCCAUGUGGCGCCAUUGCUGCAACACGAAGGCGACGCAAUGACUAGCGUCAUUGCUAUGCCAAGCAACGAGCACGAGCAGUAGAACGACAUCGAGGAGGAGGUCGAUCCACCACGUCUAGUCCACCGCACCCUGGAAGCAUUUCUCUCAUGUCUGCACACCACCAGUGGAGUCAGAUUAUCUUUUUAGAUCCAGUACAAGUCUGCUUUCUUUGCUUGGGCAUAUUUAUUCCAAAUUUUGUGUAGGUCAGCUUUCUUUGCUUAAUGAGUGGCCGAACCUUUUCCUUAUAUAUCAAAUAUAUGUGCUUGGACAUGGUAGAUGUUCAAACUUUUGCGUCCUCCACUACAGAAAUUAUACAUAGUAGUACAACUUGUAAGGUUUGUAGUUACAAGUUCUCACUGCUAGGAGCUACACUUCUGAUGACUUUUUAGGUUUCGUUUUUUUGGUCGAACACACAGGAGAGUUGUAUAUCAUUGCAUUAAGGAGAAGAAAGCAUAAGAAUACAACCCACACACAUACUGUGUAACUACAAAAGAAUUUAUUUGGAACUGUUAAGUUUUCUCAAUGGGUAAGAAAAUUGUUUGUUCCCACUAAAAAAAUACAUGAUCCUUUUUUUUGUUUAUUUUGUACCAUAUAAUUGAAGGCAUCGUAUACCAUCACUCUUUGACCAAUUUUUAUUAGUUUUGCUCGCGUCAAUUCAUUAUGUUACCUUAGCUUUGUUUGUAGUUUCGUAAAUAUCCAAUUUUCUUCGAUUCGUUGAAUGAUUUUAUGCCAAUGUUUCCCAUGUUCUUGUUUUAGUUUCUAAUAUCAAAAACUUAGUUCAUUUACAAAUGGAUGCAAAGGAUUCAUAUGAUGGAGGAAAGGAGCAACUCAUAUUCCUGUUGGCAGCCUCGACUGCUUUUUCCACUGUACUUUUUCACCCGUUUGGUCAUUGGUACUUAAAUUAUUCCACUCCCUGCUUCUUGCCUUGUUGGUUAAAUGGGAUAACACAUGGUUUCUAGCAUUACAUUUCUGUUAUUUACUCAGUAAUCCACACUAAGUUAACACCUUUUGAACUUUCCUAAUUAUGUCUAUUGGCACACAAAAUGAUUGCAAGGAUAAUUUAAGUAAGUCAUAAUUAUCUUACAUUAACAAUUUGUAAACCUUAUUAUGAUUAAAACAUAGUACAAACAGUGGAUGUUAACUUAGUAAAUAAGGUAAAUUGAGGGCUAUCAUUGCUUGCUGAACCUUAUAAAAUGAGGUGUAGUUUUAUUUUAUCCUAUUCUUGGUGCAGGCAUCACAAGGUCAUAUGCUAGCAACUUUGAUAUAGAUUUAUUUACUCUCCUAGAAGAAAGAGGCCAAGAUGUUUGAGAUUUCAGUGCUUCAUUUAACUUCCAACUUGUGUUGUCUUAGCUUACUAUGGCAUUAACCCACUACUCUCCUGAAUUGUCUAACUAAAAUAUUUUUACGAGUCCACCAUAUAUUUUUGUUAAAUAUUACAAUAUUCACCGUGGGUUAUGUGAUGUGUCACUUCUUCCACCUCAUUCACUGUGAUUGUCAUGUGAUAUGUAUCAUGUAUUCAUGGUAAAUGCAUUUUAUGCUACAAGCACUUGUGAUUUUGCUAACUAUAUCCAAUUAUGCAAUCCAUAGUCCUUUGUAACAGUAUAGGUUUAUGCCAAACAAGACAUUAGUUGAAUGAUAUGUUCAAACUAUGGAAAUGCUUUUCUCUUUUUGCUCUAACAAUUUACAUUUACAAAAAAUAUCCUUCUGUUAGUGCCUUGAUGUGUGGGAUGGAUUCCUUUGUCUUGACUCCUGAGUAUAGUGUGUUUCUGACUCUCAUUUGUCAGUUUUGUUGAAUUUUAUGCUCAUAACUUGAGAAACUUUUAUUUUAAGUGUACACUGUUUUAUUUUUUAAUGUUGUUCGACUGAUUACUGCAAGGAACCUUGUGGAGUUAUUGAAUAUGCUUGCUUGAUGGAUUGAAGAUCCAAACUCGAAUGCCUUCUAACUUCAUAUCCCACGAGUCUAUGAUUACUUGUGGCUUGUUGAAGAUGGCAUGAAGAUGUAGGUGAUUAUUGCUUGUUCUGUGUCUCAUUUCCUUUUACUUAGUUAACUCCCUAUUAGGAAGCUACUGCACCAGCAAACUUGUCAACAUAAUAUUUUUUACUACCUCUUAAUGAGAUUGACAAAUUGUUUUGGAAUCUUCAAUACUGGAACAGAUUGUUUAUGGCAAAGGCAUCUCAGUUGAUACCUUGAUUUGGUCUUCUAGGUUGAUAAGCAUGCACUUGGUGGGGUACAAAUAUCUGGUUAAUUCAUUCAGUUGCCACUGUUUAUAACUGUAGAAGGAUAUAAGUUUUUUUAUAUGAAUUCACAACUCAUGUUUGAAUCGUGGCACUCAGUUCAUUUUGACAAAGGUUGAAGUCCACUACAAACAAAAAAUGUGAAUUCAGCAGUUGAAAAAUGUCUGUUGUGUAAGCACAUGGUGAAGUAAUUCCUUCAAAGAAAAUAUUUUUUGUGACUUAUUCUUUUCUGAGUUCACUUCCAGUCAUCACCAUUUGUGCCAUAUAUGUUCUAAAACAAGGCUCUUAUAGGUAACCAAUAUUGUCCACUUGAUACAAGCAGCAGAAAAUUAUUGAGGUGAUGUGCAUGUUUCGUAUAAAUGAGGUUCAGAAGCCAAAUACAUCAGUAUGCCUUGAUUUCUAAGCCACAACUGAAACUGAGGGCGGGCUUAUCUCAAUAAAUUCUAAGCUACAGUUAUAAACAAGGCUUAUAUAGGGCGUGUUAUGCAAUUAGUUUUCUUCGCUUCAUUCUAUACUUCACACUGAACAUAGAGAGAGGCUUGUUCUGUAAACCUACUAAUCCAGGACUCGUGAGAGCGAGAAAGCAAGGAUGCCAUGAAUACAGUAUUUGUGUGGCAACAAUAUUAGACAUUGUACUCUUUCUUUUCAAAUAAUAACUCAUUCUCUUCUUUUUAAAUUAUAAGUCAUUCCAAUAUUUUUAGAUAUAUAACAAAAACUAUACAUUUGAAUAGUAUGUCUAGAGCAGAUUACUUGAGUGGCCAAUAAACAUUGAAUUUUACUACGCAUGAUGGAUUUAUUCUAUGUGUAAUGCUUUUAAGGUAUGUAAUUUUUUUUAAUUUUUAAAAGGUGUUAACAAGAACAUAAAAUGACAAUUAGUAUUUUUGAAUUUCAAUGCAUCUUAUCAGAAUAUGUUCAUUCCGUAGCAACGCACGAGCAUUUACCUAGUUUAGCACAUAAGAACUUAAUCAAACGUGUUGGGCAUUUAAUCACCAAAACAUUAUAGAAAUGGCUCAAGGGAACAUUUCCCUUUCAAUCUCUCCCUUUUUGGUGAUUCAUGCCAACACAUCAAAAAGCAACAAAAAGAACUGCAACAUCAAUGCAAAUGAAGACCCAUUUCUCUUUACUUAGUAUUUGGCAUAUUUGGAUCAUUCUUUGCCACCACUUGGUUUGUUUUUGCAAAUCAAAUUCACUUUCCUAUCUCUAAGUUAAACACGGUUGUUUGGGCACAUAGAGAGAUAUUCCAAGAGUAAAAUUAGUCAAGUGCCAAAAACUCCCCCUUUUCCCAUAAUCAAAAUUCUCCCCCACAAGAGACCAUUUUUUGCAAUAAGAGUAUUUUGAGCGAAUCACAUGCUAUAAUAAGAGUAAUGCUCACAAAAGUUUGCUAAUUGUGAGAGAGUAGUUACUCCCUUGCUGAUGUCACUCAAAAUCUGAUCGACGGGGUGAUGUCUUUUGAUCGUCGCUCGGACUUGAGUUGGAGGGGCCUGUGGUGCUUCUUCCUCCGUAACAUGUUCUUCUUGUGCUCCCCUUUGAUCACGCUCCUCUUCUUGAGGUACAUGUCCAUCAUCUUGAGUUGGGGAAUGCACCAGUGUCGAGGAAGAAGGCUGAUCUUGUUCCUGUAGUUCCUGUGGUCGCACAUCACCUAUCGCCAUCGUGCGCAUUGCGGCCGUUGGAACUUCAUCUUCAUCUAUAUCAUCAAGAUCAAUUUGCUCUCUUGGAGAGCCAUUAGUCUCAUCAAAUACAACGUCGCUAGAGACUUUAACUAAUCCCGAUGAUUUGUUGAAGACCCUAUACGCCUUUGUAUUUGAGUCAUAUCCUAGUAAAAACCCUUCUACAGCCUUGGGAUCAAAUUUAGAAUGUCUACCUUUCUUCAACAGAAUGUAGCAUUUGCUCCCAAAUACAUGAAAGUAAGAAACAUUGAGUUUGUUACUAGUAAGAAGUUCGUAGGACGUCUUCUUGAGGAGGCGAUGCAGAUAGAGCCGGUUUAUGGCGUGGCAAGCCAUGUUCACAGCUUCCGACCAAAACCGUUCGGGUGUCUUGAACUCUCCAAGCAUCGUUCUCGCCAUGUCGAUUAGCGUCCUGUUCUUCCUCUCUACCACACCAUUUUGUUGUGGUGUGUAGGGAGCGGAGAACUCGUGCUUGAUGCCUUCCUCCUCAAGUAAUUCUUCAACUUGUAGAUUCUUGAACUCGGACCCAUUGUCGCUCCUUAUCUUCUUCACCUUAAGCUCAAACUCAUUUUGAGCUCUUUUCAAGAAGCGCUUUAGGGUCCCUUGGGUUUCUGACUUACCCUGUAAAAAGAACACCAAAGUGAAGCAUAAAAAUUCAUCAACAAUUACAAGACCAUACUUACUUCCCUCGAUGCUUAGAUAGGCAACGGGUCCGAAGAGAUCCAUGUGAAAGAGCUCUAGUGGUUUUGAUGUUGUCAUCACAUUCUUGCCGUGAUGAGUGCUUCCCACCUGUUUCCCUGCCUGACAUGCUGCAUAGGGUCUGUCUUUCUCAAAACAGACAUCGGUUAGUCCUAACACAUGAUCUCCCUUUAGAAGCUUAUGAAGGUUCUUCAUCCCAACAUGUGCUAGACGAUGAUGCCACAACCAGCCCAUAUUAGUCUUAGCGAUUAAGCAUGCAUCUAGAUCGGCAUUCUCUUUUGAAAAAUCAACCAAGUAGAGCCUGCCGUCUAAUACACCCUUAAAGGCUAAUGAACCAUCACUCCUUCUAAAAACAGAUACAUCAACGUUUGUAAAUAGACAAUUGUAACCCAUGUGACACAAUUGACUUACAGACACAAGGUUGUACCCAAGCGACUCUACUAGAAAUACAUUCAAUAUUGAGUGCUCGUUAGUGAUGACAAUCUUGCCCAAGCCUUUGACCUUGCCUUGGUUCCCAUCUCCAAAUAUGAUUGUAUCCUGGGAAUCCUUGUUCUUGACGUAGGAGGUGAACAUCUUCUCCCCCGUCAUGUGGUUUGUGCACCCGCUGUCGAUUAUCCAGCUAGAGCCCCGGAUGCAUAAACAUGCAAGGCAAUUUAAGCUUGGGUUUUAGGUACACAACUCUUGUUGGGUCCUGCAAGGUUAGUCACAAUAAUUUUUGGAACCCAAAUACAAGUCUUGUCUCCCUUGUAUUUGGAUCCCAACUUCCUAGCAACUAUUUUUUCAUUCUUACAUGAAAGUACAAAAGAAGUGUUGCAAGCAUGAAAAACAGUAGUGGGUUCAUUGCACACUUUCCUAGGCACAUGAGGCACAACAUGAUUUCUCCUAGGCCUACUUCUACCAUGAACAAAAGUAGAACUAGAGGCAAACAUAGCAUGUGAAUCAUUAUAAGCAGUAUGAUCAUUGUUAGUACCUGGCUUGGUUUGUUUCGAUAGUUAAAUAAUCAUCAUUACUCUCUUGACUACUAUUUUUUCAUUCGAUAUGAAUCACGAUCAGUUGUUUUCUUGUAUUUUUUGAAUGUGUCUUCCUUAGACUUUGUUAAAUAAUGAUGCUAAAAUAAUCUUUUUUGCACUUUAAAUCAUUCAAAGUGCAUUACUUAUACACGAGUGUGAACCGGUGAUUUCACAGUGGUAAGUGGGACACAAAGUAGGCUAUUUGAAGUGUGAAACACUCUCCAAGUUUAGGUACUAAAUAGUGAUAUUUAGGAAGUUAGUAUAUUUGGAGAUCUCGUUUAAAAAACUGUUGGAACAUGAUUGUUGGUUAAUAGCACCCUAAAAUAAUUUUAGAGACCUUGCUGGGAUAUAAUUUAGAGGAGAUCAAACUUAGGGGGCUUAGGGGGUGUUUGGUUCCUAUUUUCUAAACUUCUAAAGUUUAGUCACUUUAGUCCUUAAAUCGAUAAGCAAUAUAACUAAAUCAGACAUUCCGAAUAGAAAUCUAAGGGACUAAACUUUAGUUUUUAAAGUUUAUUUCACAAGGAUAACCUACGAAACUAAACACCCCUUAGCCAUAAAACCAUCUCAUUUCGAACAUGAAAUAGAAUCAUUUGGUCGUUUCCUAGAAAAAAAUGUUUUUAUCAAAGCUCAACAGUUUAUUCAUUUUUACUUUAUAUUUAAACUUUAAUCUCCAAACAAUUUAUGUUUUGAGAGCCAGCGGAGACAAUUGCAUAUUUAGGACUCUAAACAGUGCGCUUCGCAAUAAUGUCAUCCGAAAGAUUUAAUCCGUAAAAAAGUACUACAAACCUUCUCUAAUUGAUUAUACUACCAUUUAACGUAUAUCCUUCCUUUUUAUAAUCUAAUCUCAUGUAUUUUCUUCCUGACAAGACACUUUUACCCCUUUAUUAGUUAUACACAUUUAUUAUUUGAAGAUAUGGCCACCAGAAAACACGAACGAACACUGCAGUUGCUGGCUUGCUGCUCACCGACAAGUGCUGCACGCAAACAGCUGCUCCUGCUCGCCGACCAGCUCGACAACUGAUGCUGCUUGCCAAACAGCUCGGCAACUGGUGCUGCUCGCCAACAGAGAUGGUCAUGGACAGCAGUAUGGCAUAGCAAAAAAAUGACAUGGUAAAAACAACGCUAACAAUAACAAUCACCUUUGGACAGGAAGUACAUGGAGAUUGUACUGUAUUGUCGGAGAAGAAAUAUUGGGGAGCAAAGAUCUAACGAGAGCAAUCGUAGUGGGUGACGAUCCAACAUCCAUGGGCGCAAUCACGUUCUCAGAUACGACAUCCAUGGGCGACGAUACGACAUCCAUGGCCGUCAAGCGGGCGAGGCGGCACUGUCCAGCGUGACCUCCGUCACACCGAUACUCGGCGCAGCAUCCAUGGCUAUCACAGGGAGAUCGAGCGAGGCAGCCCUAGUCAGUGCGGCCUCCGCCACACCAGCCAUUGUCGUCAUAGGGAGAUCAGGCGAGGCGGCCCUAGUGAGCGCGACUUCGGCUACCACCUCCUCGCCGAGCGCGAUUGUCGGCGCGGCCUUGGCAAGCACGUCCUCCUCCAGCCCGGCGGACGGCGCGACGAGGGCGACCUUAGCGAACAGCGCCGCGAGGGCGACCCUGACGACCGGCGCAGCGAGGACGACCCCGGCGGACUGCGCGGGUCAUGGGGGCUCCUCCUCUAAGGAAAAGCUCGGUGUGUGCUCCGGCACUGAGGUCACUAUUCGAGAUCCCCGGUCAACAGCUGCAGCAUGUGCGGGAUCCAUGGCGAUUGGCGAGAGAAUCAGGAGGAGAUUCAAUCGGGUUCUGUUCGUUCGGGUUUUCUGGUGCCAUAUCUUCAAAUAAUAAAUGUGUAUAAUUAAUACUUGAGAUCAGAUUAUAAAAAGGAAGGAUAUACGUUAAAUGACAGUAUAAUCAAUUAGAGAAGGUUUAUAGUACUUUUUUACGGAUUAAAUCUUUAAGAUGACAUUAUUGCGAAGCACACUAUUUAAAGUCCAAAUAUCCAAUUGUCUCGAGCCAGCGACACCGAUUGACCGACACGCCACCGGCGUCGUGCUUCAGCCAACCCCCGUCCUCGUCCUGCAGGUCCACUCCUCACCCCGACGCAGAUCCCCAGCAUUUAAUCAAACAGGCGCACGCUUCCCCCUUCUCUCUCCGAAAUCAACCCUCCCAGCUCAUUUUAUCCCCCGCUAUUCUAGUCGCCAGACCCAGAUCGCUACCCUCCAUCGUUUGGAGCCAGACAGGAGCGGCUGCGGCGGCAUUUCUAGGGUUUUCUAUGUACGCAAAUUCGUCGAGUUAGAUUCUUAAACGCGGGACGUGCCGUGUGUCAUCUGGUUGUGACUAGAAAUCGUGUUGCUUACGCACAUUCACGAGCACGGGUGACUGUGAAAGGAGAAGCUUCUCUGAACUUAUAAUUUAAAGAUGUUCGGUGGUGUGUGUUAGGAUCUUGGUUGCGUUUGCAAGUUUUUUCUGGUUAACUGAAUAAGGGAGUUUGCUGUUGCUUGUAUUUGCCCUUCUGACAUUCAUCAUAGAGAUUAGAGCAAUGGCGAAGGUAGAGUAAAUCAGAGGAGAGUGCAUAUGGCUUGAGGGUGCAUAAUAAUAUCUUUUUGGUGGUGCAUAUAUGGUGAAAAUCUAGUCAAUUUCACUAGUUUUGCAAAUUUCCGUGAGUGCAUGUCAGCAUGUGCACCCACAGCUCAGUACCUAGCUUCACCCCUGGAUUAGAGAGAGGUGUUGUAGUUUGCUGCAAGUGGGAGAUUUGUGUGAUUUAUGAUCUCAUGAAGUUUGAAGCUGUGUGCAUAAGCUAGCUGUUUUUUUUUCCAAUCAUCAUGUGCACUCGAAACAUUGGACCUGCAUUUAACAUAUUCAGUUGUGCUGAUCAAACACUCGGUUCAUCAAAAUGGAGCUGAAAAUAUAUUCUUUUGUCUGUAUUCAUCAAUACAAGGUUUUGUUGAAGGUCUGAGCUGUGCAAAGAGAGAUGGAUUCCAAAAAGAAGAGGAACAAGAAGAAGAAGGGAAACCAAGGGAAGAAUGCCGCUGAUGUCACAUCCAUUGCUGGGGAAGCUGCUUCUCAGAAUCACAAUCAUGAGUUAGCCCCAAUAGAUCAUCAUAAAGGUUCUGAUGCAGAUGAUGUCAUGUCCAGUGUUGGAGAGGAACUUCCUCAGUACAAGAAUCAUCAGCCAAAUAUACAGGCAGAUUAUAAUGGCACAAGUGCUUACGACACUACAUCCUCCAUUGGAGAGUGUAUUGCAUGCUAUCAAAACAACGAACCUAUGAUGACACAGGAGAAUCACAAGGCUAGCAAUGCAGUCCCUGCAGAUCAGAGGAGUGUUGGACUGUCAGAGUCUAGUGUGGAGCUUGACAUGCAUAGACUUCAUGAAGCCAAACUCGAUAAAUUACAUGAGACAAUAAAGCAGUUGGAGAAUGAAAAGAGUUUGUGGCUUCAAAAAGUGAUCACCAUGGAGGGUGAACUUGAAAAGUUGCAUAACGAAGUGGGUUGUCAUGCUCAAAAUGAGGUCCUUUUGGAGGAAAAACUGAAUAGUCUACAGAGUGGUUAUGAUGUGCUGAUUAAGAAGGAGGAAGUUGUGGAUAACAAAGUCAGGUGCAUAGACAACAUCAAUGAUACCUUAACUCAUCAAGAGUCUUUGCUUAAAGAAAGAUUAAGUGGGCUGGAGGAAACAAACAAAUCCCUGCUGGUACAGGUGAAGGUGUUGGAGGAAGCUUCAAACAAUACUUCUGAGGAAAAUCAGAUGUUGGUAAAAAAAAUAUAUGAACUUGAUUCAAGACUACAAGCACUUGAAGCAAAGGCUGCUCCUAGUGAAGCCUUAAUGAUUGAAAAGUUCCCUGAUAAUAAGGUGAUGGAUCAAGUGCAUUUUGCCAACUCGCCACUUCAGCAACAGACAAUUGAUUUUUCAGAGGGUAACAAACUGUUUGCUGAGAGAGGUCUGAGCAGUCCAGUGAAACUUAAUCCUGACAACAGCUAUCGUCAAAUCUACGACAUUCCCAGCAAUGACUAUGCUAGUAAUUAUACAGAGGAAACAUCAAUACAACUUCCAGAAAUAGGCACCAGCAAUACUAUUGUUCAAGGUCAUGUUGAUGUCAAUGAACACCGAUUUGAUGGACCAAGAACAAUCGAAGAAAUCGUUCCUGUUCCAUUGGAUGAGAUACAGAUCCAUGAGGAUGUCCCAGGGCAACCGGGAGCAGCCGAUGAGAUAGAUGAGGUUCCAUUUUCUGACGCUCCGAUCAUUGGUGCUCCAUUCAGACUGAUCUCAUUUGUUGCUAGGUAUGUCAGCGGCGCUGAUUUGGUCAACCAAAAAUAACUGUCUGCAUACCAGGAAUUCAGGACUUUUAUGUCAGGAGUUCCUUUUUGAUCCCACUGAUAAUUACGUCAGUAUCUUGAGAUAAAGAUGGAUAGAUUGGAUUCAGAAUAGAUAUGGAGCUGUAUUCAUUCGUGUCAGUGCUCACGUCACUGCCAAUUAUUCUCCUUCCCCUGUACUUUUUUCAGGCGCCGGAGAAAUUCUUGUUCCUUUAUACUACCUGUUCUUGAAUAUUUGUCAUCCGCUACUUCAUUUUUAAAUUAAAACACGAUAAAUAAAAAAGAACGGAGAAGUACAAUAUAAGAAGCUAUGUACCAUGGGCCUCUUUACGGGUCUAACCAUGCGAAAAAGUUGUUCUGGAAAUUCUAUUAUUAAUGACUGAAUUUUGGUGUGCUGACACUAUAACCUGUGACAGACACCUAUAUGCUUGAUUUA